AGCGCGGCACACCGCGCCAGUGUCCGACAGACUGCCGAGCGUGUCGGGUUUCCCGCACCCCGCGUUCGCUCGGCCACGCGUUUCGUUCGUUUUAAAGCCCUAACCGUCGCGAGUGCAUUAUGACACUAGUGAGCUAGCGGGCCGCUGUGACGGUGUCAAUUUGUUGUGUUUGUGAUCACGUGCUUGUGUGGUGUGUUAGCUUGAGCCCGUGACAUAAAACGUUCGUGGUGGCCAGCGGAGCCUUACACCCGGGCUCGGGCCGAGCUUUCAUGGCUCAGCCUAGGUACGACGAGAGCCUCCACGGCGGGGGCUACAUGGAGGGUGGGGCGAUGUACCACGAGCACCGGCUCGCUCACCCCCACAUCCCCCCAGUGCAUUACCCGCCGCCCGCGGCGCCGGCGCAUGCGUUACCCGGCGAGCCUUUAGUGCAUAAACGAGACAAGGAUGCCAUAUACGGGCAUCCCUUAUUCCCCCUCCUGGCGCUGAUCUUUGAGAAAUGCGAACUAGCCACAUGCACACCACGUGACCCUGGAGUCGCUGGUGGAGACGUCUGCUCGUCAGAAUCCUUCAACGAAGACAUCGCAGUAUUUAGCAAACAGAUACGUCAAGAGAAACCUUAUUACAUAGCGGAUCCGGAGGUUGAUUCAUUAAUGGUGCAAGCUAUACAAGUCCUACGGUUUCACCUCUUAGAAUUAGAAAAAGUGCACGAGCUUUGCGACAACUUCUGCCACCGCUACAUCAGCUGUCUGAAGGGCAAGAUGCCCAUCGACCUGGUGAUCGACGAGCGGGAGAGCGCGCGCCCCCCGGACGCGAACGGCGAGCGGUCGGCCCCCGACUCCAGCCACGAUGGAGCCUCCACCCCCGACGUCAGACCUCCCUCAUCCUCGCUGUCAUACGGCGCUGUGAAUGACGACGUGCGCUCUCCGGGGUCAGGUGGAACCCCUGGACCCCUCAGUCAACCGACGCCACAGACCCUCGAUGCGACAGAUCCAGAUGCAAUGGGCAAAUGGUGUCCGUCCAGGCGCGAGUGGUCAUCACCUCCCGAUGUAGCGAGACGGGUCUACUCCUCCGUCUUCCUGGGCAGCCCUGGUGAGUAUCCAGGUGACGCAAGUAAUGCGAGUAUCGGCUCAGGGGAAGGAACGGGGGAAGAAGACGAUGACACGAAUGGGAAGAAGAAUCAGAAGAAAAGAGGGAUUUUUCCGAAGGUGGCCACAAACAUCCUGCGGGCGUGGCUAUUUCAACAUUUAACGCAUCCGUACCCUUCGGAGGACCAGAAAAAACAGUUGGCGCAGGAUACAGGGUUAACUAUACUUCAAGUCAAUAAUUGGUUUAUAAACGCGAGACGUAGGAUAGUCCAGCCAAUGAUCGACCAGUCAAAUAGAGCAGUGUUCUAUCCUGCAGUGUUCCCGCACGCGGGUCCCAGUGGUGCAUACAGCCCGGAAGCGACCAUGGGGUACAUGAUGGACGGCCAGCAGAUGAUGCACAGGCCGCCCACGGACCCCGCCUUCCACCACGGCUACGCGCAGUAUCCCGCCGAGUAUUACGGCCAUCAUCUUUAAUGCAACUUGUACAUAUAUGAAUAACGUACACAAUAUUUGGCCUUAGUCAAAGGCCGAUAAGUGUCCCAAAAUAAGGCCCCUACUAAUCUCGCGUCUCGAUAAGAAGCGUUCGUGCGACUGGGCGCAUCCCCACCAGGCGAAUGUGCGACUGCGCGUCUCACCAGUCGCGAAGCGCCGCGAUGCGUCCGUGCGACCGGACAGGCACGUGAUACGAACAAACAGGAGAACGAUGCUAUGUACAUAAAGCUAUACGUUUUGUAAUAUUUGAAACAGUAUACGAUCUCCUAAAUUAAGAUUCUCUAAUGUUAAAAUUAAUGUAAAUUAACGAAGUGACAUUGUGGACGCUGUAUUAUACGACUGGUGCAAUCACCUAUUAUAAAUAUUAUAAAAUCGGUUUUAUCACUCGGAACAAUAGGAGCAAGUUGAUGAAUGUAACAAUAAACGGUUUGAUAGUUAUCGUAUAAAUAUUUAUAGCUAAUUGUGUAUUGUUAUUACGUAAAUAUAAAUAAAUAAUUGAAUAGUAAGUAACUAUCACAAGUGCUGGGCUCGCUGGAAGGACUUUUGUAAGAGCUGUGUAUGUAGUUGUAUUUAGCAUUUCUGUUUAUAAUUUGUUAUGCGAGGAUUCGUUCGAGCGUUUUAAUAACGCGCGGUCGCUCGUGCGCCCGAGUCCUAAGCAAUUGGGAGCAACCAUCGAAUUGAAAUUUCCGUUUUCGUUUUCCUACUUAUUUAUAAAGCUCAAUUUAACGUCAAUUUUCUUCGCAAUUUUGCUUUACAGGUGACAUACAUAUCUUUGAAUUAACUAUAUAUUACGAUUAGUAACAUAGAUUCACCUUGCCUUGGUGUUCAGUAAUAGCACAAUUUGUAACCCAUGUAUACGAUGAAAUAAAUAUUUUACACUGUUGAAACGAUGAGAUUUUA